AUCGAAACAUGCGGUGGAUAGUGCUGUGGUUAUUCUUCAUAUUAAGGCAUAUGCCUUUAUAUGCCCAAAAUGAUGGUGAUUGUGGUGAUUGGAGCUCUAUGAAAGAUGUAAACGAUAUAACAGAUCAAGACGAUUUUAAAAUCUUAGAAGUAACCGACUUUGCAUUUACUGCAAAUGAUGUUAAGGUAUCUAUGUGCAAUGGAAUAGAAAUUGUUCGUCACGAAGUUAACGAAAAUAAGCUGCUAUUUAUUACACAAAAUAUGCGUAAUUGGGAAGAAACUAUGCCGAACCAAGACUCUCUUGCAGUUAUAUGUUUCAAUGUAGCUUUCUCUAAUGAAGAAUGCUCUGGAAAAACUGUAAAUAUGAAGAUUCAAGAUACAAAUAAUUAUGAACCAAGAUUUGUUGAUGAACAAGAGGUUGAUAAACCUGUUUUUGAAAUUAUUUUACCGAUGCCGUUCCCUGCAGAAUUCCCCCUGGAUAGUUUUGGAAGCAUCAUCAUGGCUAAAGACGAGGAUUAUACAGAUACAAAACUUACUUUUACAAUUGAGUCUAAUAAAUUUCUUGAUAUAAAAUAUGUAGGAACAACUGGUGAACUUAAGAAAGUGCAUACAGCUUCUUUAAUUUCAAUGUCUCCAUUGGAUUUCGAUGAAAUGCAAUUCAAUAUAAAAGUUGAGGAUAAAGAUAAAAAGAUUGACACUGGGAAAAUAGUUAUAAAGAAGAAUCCCAAAGUUAGUUUGGUAUAUCCCGAGUUUGAUAAAUCUUAUUAUAUGGGAAAAUACGAUAGAGAUGGAAUGAGUGAAAUGAUAGACGAGAUUACUUUAAAAAAUGCAAAAACUAUUAUUCUUGAAGGAGCAUACGCGCAAUAUUUCGAACCCCUCACAGAAACUAAAGACCAAAAUGUUAUCUUUACUAUAAAAGCAACUAAUAAUGAAGGAUACAGUGAUGAAGCAACAAUCAUUAUAGAGCCAAUCGUUACUGAUUUACCGAAAUUCAGUGAAUCUUAUUACCUCGGCAGUCUUGAUAUCGAGAGCAAGGAAUUGACGCAUGAUAAAAUUUUGGUUGUAGCAGAUAACGAUGCGAAAAUUGAUAUUAAUGAUGAAGACCUGAAGCAGAUAUUCACAGUUGCAUUGACAGGCCAACAAGUACUUAUAACAUUAUCUCAGAAUGCAAAUAUCGAAGAAAUAAAAGAUACGGAUAUUGUUCUGCCAUUACAAAUCACCAACAGCAAUGGUGGAGCUGCAACAACGAUCGUCGUUUUUGAAGUUAUUAGGAAAAUCGUUGAGCCAAUUUCUUUUAGUAAAACCAAUUACCAAGGUGAAUUAAACGUUGAUACAAAUGUAAUAAAACUAGAAGCAGAAAUUAAAAUCGUGAAAGGAGAAGCUGAUGCGGUGAAAAUUCUCGAACAAGAAUAUGAGUCACAAUUUGAGGUGACAAUUGAACCAAUUACGAAGAUUGUAAAUAUUGAACUAAAAGAAAAACUAAAUAAUGUUGAACAACUUGGUUUAAUAUUGACCCUUGAAGUAUCAAACAUGAAAGGUCAAUCUAGUAAGACAACGGUUGUUUUAAAAUUUACGGGCAAAGCUACACAAACACAACCUAUCAAAUUUGAAAAACCAUUUUAUAAAGGAGAAGUAGACGUAGCCAGUGAGCAAAUAAUUAUUACAGAGAUUAUUAAAAUUACUGAAGGAGAAGUAGAAGAUGUUAAAAUUAUUGACACAGAAUACAAUGAAUAUUUCCAAGCAACCCUUUCGCCUGAUAAAAAAAGUGUUACAAUUAAAUUGGUAAACGGAUUACCACCAAAAGUUGAAUCCAGUAUAGUUUUGGUAAUUGAAGCUUUCAAUGUCAAAAAUGAAGUGGGUAGAACAACUCUUGUUCUAGACAUUUCUGAUGAAGAAACUCCAAUAACAUUUACUCAAUUAAUCUACAAGGGAAAUGUAAACAAAGAUAAAGAAGAAAUCAAUUUAGACGCAGAAAUUAAAAUUGAAAAAGGAGAUGUUGAAUCUGUUAGCAUUGUUGAUGGAGCAUUCAAAGAAUUUUUCAAAGCAACAUUUUCCGUUGAAACAAAGAUUGUUACAAUUGAAUUCGAAAAGACAUUACCAUCUACAGUUGAAUCUAGUAUAAUUCUGGUAAUUGAAGCUUCCAAUAAACAACAUCAAGUAGGUAGAACUACUGUGGUUCUGGAAGUUCCUGAUGGAGCAGUCCAAGAAACUCCAAUAACAUUUACUCAAUUAAUCUACAAGGGAAAUUUAAACAAAGAUAAAGAAGAAGUCAAUUUAGACACAGAAAUUAAAAUUGAAAAAGGAGAUGUUGAAACUGUCAGCAUUGUUGAUGGAGAAUACAAUGAAUUUUUCAAAGCAACACUUACCGAUAAUAAUAAGGUUGUUACAAUAGAAUUGGUAAAGGAAUUACCUCAAAUAACUAAAUCCUAUAUAGAUCUGGAAAUUGAAGUUUCCAAUGACAAAAAGCAAGUGGGUAAAACUGUUGUAAUUUUGGAAGUAGAAAAUAAUUUACCAGUAGAUGAUUUAAUUAAUUUUACCGAACCAUUAUACAAAGGAGAGUUAAAUGUAAUAACGAAUGAAAUAACUGUGGAUACAAUUAAGAUAGAUACAGGAGCCGUUGAAAUUAUUAAAAUCUUAGGAGAUUAUGAAAACUUAUUUAAGGUUGAUUAUGACAAAAAUACGAAAAUUGUUACACUUACUGUAAGUGGUAAUUUGGAAACUAUUAACGAACCAAGUGUGGUCUUCACCUUGGCGGCUUACAACGCUAAGAAUGAAAUAGGAGGACAAACGACUGUUGUUUUGACCAUAGUUGGAGAUGUAAUUAAGCCGUCUCCACCAACAUUCGAAAAAACAUAUUACGAAGGUGAAUUCAAAGUUGAAGGGCAAUCCUUAAACAUAGAAGACAUACGUAUUAUUAAAGGCGACAUCGAAAGUGUUAUUGUUGUUGGAAAUGAUUACAAUACUUAUUUUGAGGCAAAGUACAAUGAGGAUACUAAAUUGGUCGAAAUAAUUAAAUUACAGGAAUUAGAAAAUAUUUUGGAUUCAAACAUUGUUUUCUCUCUGGAAGCCAGUGAUAAAUAUGGACAAAGUGCAGAUGCUACUGUGGUAUUAAAAGUUUUAGGCAAAGCAGAACCGGAACAAGACAGAAUCGUGUUUGAUGAGCACGAAGUAGGUUUUAUUCUUGAAGAGGCGGAGCAACUACCGAAACAACUUAAUCCGUUUGUGGCUAAAUCUACAAAUAAUAAAGAUAAAAUAACUUAUAGGUUCAUUGAUUCUGUUCCUAAUGGAUUAAAGUUAGAUGAAAAUACAGGUGUAGUUUCAAUUGUAAAGAUUUUAGAUAAAAGAGUAUUAUCUGUUAAGUUAGGUGCAUCUGGUAGUGAUUCUGGAAAGUCCGCCGAAACUAAAUUCGUCAUAUAUUCUUACCAACUGCAAGGAAAUGGCGAAAAAGCAACAUAUUCUUAUAUUGCUAAAAAAGUAAAAGAAGGAGUAGAAACUGCCACAACUAUUUUACAACACCAAAAUACUGAUUACAAAUACUGCUUACUGGAAAGCAACCCCAAUGAUGAAAAAAUAACUAUAAACGAAGAUGGAUACCUUGUGAGCAAGGAACUGGAUAGAGAAGAUCACGCAUUUGUUGAUAUGAUUGUACCACAAUACCUGGUAACUGUAGAUCUUGUAAAGAAAUCAGAGAAUUGUGAGAAAGCUAAAACAUCUAGAAUGCAAAAGGAGAUAGUUGAACAUAUUAAUAUGUAUGAUCAAAUUGAGAAUUGGGAAUCUAGAACUGUUGUUACCGUUUUAAUUGAAGACGAAAACGAUCAUGACCCAAUAUUCGAACCAUCAAAGCAGAUUAUUGCAUACCCUGAAGAGGAAAUUGCGAAAAUUAUACGUCCGAUGUAUUUGACCAAAGUUCACGCUACAGAUUUAGAUUCGAAGGAUAAAUUUGGAAAAAUAACGUAUUCUUCUGAUAGCGAUUAUGUCGUUGUUAAUGAAGAUAGCGGAAUCAUUUACCCUACAGAUAAAAUAUUUUCUUCUGAUGACUUCGAUUUCACUGUUAUCGCCACUGAUGGUGGUGGUAAAACUGCUGAAUUAGAAGUCGAGGUGUCUUUAAUCGACAAAGAUAAGAUUAGUAUAAUGUCGUUCGAAAACAUUGAUUUGGAAAAUAUUGUGGAUAAGUUGCAAGAAUUGUCGGAGCAAUCUGGAAUCAAUUUGCAAGCAUUGUCCAUUUCAGCAGUACCAUCAGAAAAAUCGAUGCUAUUCAAAGACUACAAUUAUUACACUCAGGCAUACGUUUAUGGUGUUAAGGACAAUAAAAUUGUAUCUUCAAAUACGAUAAAAGAAAAUUUUAACGACGUUACAGUUAUUGAGUUCAAUCCAAAUACCAGUGAUGGUUGUGAUGCUGAAAUUGAGGAAUGCGAUAACACCGGACUCAUUGCAGGAGUUGCAGUUCUUGCAGUACUUUUAGCAGUUGUACUUGCAGGUUCCAUUGCGUUUUACGUUCUUAAAUUGAGAAAACAUAAUUCGGCUUCCAACGACUUCAAUCAUCACAAUGACGUAGAAAGGAUCAUUGAAAAGAAUGCCGUUAGAGAACAACCAAAUAAUCGUAGAUCUACUGGUUUUGUAUUUAAUUCUCCUCCACCAGAAGACGAUGACGUUGAUUUGAAUCCUAACAAUAACGAGAAAAUCGGUGACGACUUUGACAGAAAUUUAGAAAGACGGAAGUCCGUUUCGUUCAACGACCAAAUUGAAACAAUCAAAAUAGAUAAGACGGUUCCGGCAGAGGAGACGGAAGAUAGCGAUGCUAAGAAAGAGUAAUCUAUUUUUAGGAAACAAGGAUAUUUCAUUUUUCUUUGACUUUUAUUUCCGUUUUUCAUGAGCAAUUUUUUAAAUUCUUAAAGAAAUUUGUCUAAAUUUAUUAUAUUAACUUAUGCUGUUUAUUA